AUGGUGAGUGAAUUCGUGGUUCGGGCCGUGGCCCUGUGCCAUAUUAUCAUCUGGUGCUCCUGCUCAACUGGCUAUCCCGGCUCAGCAUUUUGCAUCAGAACAGCGCAUCCGCUUCGCAAGUCCCAGUUUCCAGCCAUGGUGAGUCCGGCCAUGCUGAAGGGGAUGAACACGGAGGUCUAUGGCGAAGGGCACCCUUUCGGCGACCCCGCUUGGUACCAGGCAUACAACACGCCCUACUACAAUGACAGCCACAAGCAGUUCCGAAAGCUCAUGCGCGAGUACGUGGAUGAGCACAUCAUGAGCAACGUGCAUGACUGGGACGAGAAGGGCGUCAUUCCCAAGGAGAUGUACCUUGAGGCUGGCAAGCAGGGCACCCUGGCCCUGUGCAUCGGAAGGCCCUGGCCAGAGAAGUACUAUGGAAAGGCUCCCUGGGGCUUCGAGCCGGACUAUUUCCAUGAGCUGAUCAUGUACGACGAGAUGUCGCGGACGGGCUCUGUGGGCUUCCAGUGGGGCAUCGCUGGUGGCACCACCAUCGGACUGCCGCCGGUGUACCACCACGGGAGUGAGGAGCUUAAGAACCGCGUGAUGCCGCCGUGCGUGAAGGGCGAGAAGGUGUGCUGCCUGGCCAUCACCGAGCCCACAGCCGGCAGUGAUGUGGCCAACUUGAAGUGCAGCGCUAAGCUCGAGGGAGAUUUUUACAUCUUGAAUGGCGAGAAGAAGUGGAUCACCAACGGCAUCUUUGCGGACUUCUUCACCGUGGCCUGCCGUACGGGAAAGCCGGGUGUGGGCGGCAUCAGCCUGCUUCUUGUAGAGAAGGACAUGCCCGGAGUGGAGACUCGCAAGAUGAAGUGCUCGGGCGCGUGGUCAUCGGGCACAACUUACAUCACCUUCGACGAUGUCAAGGUGCCGAAGGGCAACCUUCUCGGCAAAGAGGGCAAGGGCUUCCAGUACAUGAUGCAGAACUUCAACCACGAGCGCUUCGCGUUCUGUGCCAUGAGCACACGCUUCGCCCGCGUCUGCCUCGAAGAUUCCUUGACGUUUGCCGGCAAGCGCAAGACCUUCGGCAAGACCCUCAUCCAGCACCCAGUGAUUCGCUGGAAGGUGGCGGAAAUGGCCCGCAUGGUCGAGGCAACCCACAACUGGCUCGAGUGGAUCACCUACCAGCUGAACACCAUGCCCAAGAUGGAAGCCAUGCUCAAGCUUGGAGGGCACACCGCGCUGUGCAAGGUCCAGUGCACCAAGGUGAUGGAGUACUGCGCCCGAGAGGCUGCCCAGAUCUUUGGCGGCCUCUCCUACUCCAGAGGAGGCCAAGGCGAGAAGGUCGAGCGACUGAACCGCGAAGUGCGCGCAAUGGCCAUCCCGGGAGGCUCUGAAGAGAUCAUGCUGGACUUGGGCGUGAAGCAGUCGACAAAGCUGGCCCAGAUGGCGAAGAUGUUCGCGGAAGCCGCCCCGCAACAGGCGGCAGCCAAGCUUUGA